UGUGAGGCUGUGACUGUGAGUCUUCUCCAAAACCCUCCCAAAAUCCCGCAUACCGGCGGCGUCCGGGUUCGACGAGCAGCACCUCUUCGCCAAUCGCCAUGGCCCGGCGGCUUCUCCACCUUCGGCACCACCUGACGACGCUCCCUCCUCGCCUCCUCCCGUCGCGGCAGUACAUGGCCGACAUGCGGCGCUCCGCGUUCCUCGACCGCCUCCUCCGCUCCCUCCGUUCCGAGAUCUCCUCCUGCCGCCCCGAGCCCGCCCCGCCGCUGCCGCCCUCCGCCGCUCCGUUCACCGUGGACGACCGCCCAGGCGAGCAGUGGAUCCGCCUGCGCCGCGCGUUCUCUGCCGCCGAGGGCGGCGGCGGGGAGGAGGAGGAGGUCAGGGUGGAUGCCACCAUGGUCGACGGCGCCGUGGCGCCCACCCGCUCGGGCGCGGUCGCCGACGGCGGCGGGCCUCCCAGGAUGCACAUCAGCGUGCACGUCGAGGUCUCCAAGACCACCCGGCCUGACAUGGCGCUUCACUUCGAGUGCUCGGCGUGGCCCGAGGAGAUGGAUGUGGAGAGGGUUUACCCCGUCCGCCGCGGCGCACCGGCGCCGGAACAACAGUACAUGGGCCGUCAGUUCAGGGAGUUAGAUGAGGAGAUGCAAGGUGCGGUGCGAGAUUACUUGGAGCAGAGAGGAGUGAAUGAUGAGCUUGCAGAAUUCCUACACUCAUACAUGGAAAACAAGGAGCAGACAGAACUUGUCCGGUGGUUGAGGAAUGUUGAGUGCUAUCUCAAGAAAUAGAUGACAUCUGCUAGACACUUUGAUGUGUUGCAAAUAUUAGUCCAAUGAUCAUCAUCUUUGAGUGAUUGAUUUUGUCACUCUCGGUAGAGCGGUUUUUGUUGUUGCUAGAUGUGCAAACUGCGGGGUACGGUGUCCCCAUACUCAGUCAUCAACAUCCCACAGCUGAGAACCAUGUUAAUCAUGAAAAAACAGCAUGUUAAUCUCCUGUGCUCUGUCUAUAACUAGGAACUUUGAAAGAAAAGAGCAUCUGCUUUGAUUCAUGUUUACUCUAUGGAGUCACUGUAUCUACCUUCCUACAGGUUUCGAUUUCUGUUAUAUUUGUAGGGUUCAAUGAUAUCUGGGGAGGAGUCACUGCAUUUACUUCAUACAGAUGUUGAUUUC